AUGAAAUUAACAAUUCGAUCCGAUAAACCAAUUGUAAAUUUGUAUAAUAAUUUCCCAAAAGAUUUAAGGGAACAUUUGGAAAAGUGGGAUUUAGGUACUGAGAGUACUUUCUAUGAAUCGUUCUAUGUGGAUUUGGAUAUGAAUCAACAUGAUGAAGCAUUAGUAAAUACCGAAUCUAAGGAACUGCUCCUCAAAAGGGCCCUUGCAAAUUCUGAUCAAAUCAAGGAACUGGCUAAUGAGUACUUGAAUAGAUUGAAAGAGAGAUUUAUUUGCUGUGGAGCUCUGCAUCAAUUAGAUACUGUUCAAGAUGUGUCACCUAUGAACAUCAAGUUGGCAGACAUGACGUUAAUUCAGAGAGAAUUUCUAACCAAUGAGUCGUUGUUAUACUUGAAAUCUCUCAACACCAGAAAAUGCUUAGACGAACAAAUUGACUCUGAAAUGUAUGUCUCUGAUGAGUACAGAAAGGCUAUGGCAUACAUGUUGUGGGCUGAAGGAUGUACCUAUUACAAUGAAGAUACUUUCAUUGAGAAUUGUAACUUCCAACAGUACGGACUAGUGGAGGACUCUUGGACUAAUAUUUGUGCUCGAGAGCUACUGUUGCAUAUACAUGCAAGAUUGGUUAUAGGAGGAAAAUUUGGCCAGUAUGAAGAUAAUUUGAUGCCAUAUUUUAAUAAUACCAAGUUACUAUAUAAGAACAUUGUCUCCGUGCAGAAAGUGAGCAGUGUUGAUUCAAAUCAAAGUAGUCAAGGUUUUUCCAUUGCAUCCAAAGCGUACAAAUGCCCAGUCACCAACGAUCUGGUGGAUAAGAGUUACUUCCUCCUAAUUGUUCAUCCAAUAGAUAAGAAGGUUACAAUCAUGUUGCAUGCAGAGUGA